AUGCUGAUCAAGCUGAGCGGCGCCAGGAACGCCAUCGAGGUGGGCGUAUUCACCGGCUGCUCGCUGCUGGCCACGGCGCUGGCGCUGCCCGACGACGGGAAGGUGGUCGCCAUCGACGUGAGCCGCGAGUACUACGAGCUCGGCCGCCCCUUCAUCGAGAAGGCCGGGGUGGGGCACAAGGUGGACUUCCGUGAGGCCCCGCGCUGGAGCGCCUGGACGCGCUGCUCGCCGACGACGCCAACCACGGCGCCUUCUGACUUCGCGUUCGUGGACGCCGACAAGCCCAACUACGUGCGGUACCAUGAGCAGCUGCUCCGCCUGGUGCGCCUCGGCGGCGCCAUCGUGUACGACAACACGCUGUGGGACGGCACCGUGGCGCUGCCGCCCGACGCGCCGAUGUCGGACCUGGACCGCCGCUUCUCCGCCGCCGUUCGAGACCUCAACGCUCGCCUCGCGGCGGACCCGCGCGUCGAGGUCUGCCAGCUCGCCGUCGCCGACGGCGUCACCAUCUGCCGCCGCGUCGUGUGA